UCGCGGAGUUCUCAGGAAAGCUUGUGGUAGCCAUGAUGAAGGGCCGUGGUGAUGAGCGGGGACUCUCUUCCUAUGCAUCCCGUGCUGCCGACAUGAGCUCUUCGGGUAAGGCAGCAGUCCCCGCAGCCUGUGACGCCGAGGACACCCCUCUUACCGGUGAUGCGAACUCCCAGCGUCAGGUGUCCGGUCCUGAAGCUGGUUUGGGCCAGGAGGGCAGGGAGCGGUCAGGGGACCCCGUGAUCAGCCCCGGAGUCGCAGAGGGUCCGAGCAUCCUCCAAGGGCCUUUGGAGAUCGGAGAGGGUGAGGCCAGCCUCCCGGGCCCUGAGAGCAGUGAGUUAGGGUCUGGGCCUAAGUUGGAAGCAGCAGAGGACAGAGGCAGCGUGCUUAGGGAUCCGGAAGUCCGCAUCACUUCUCCCGUAGACGAAGAAGAGGUCGACAUGGAUUUCUUGCCUCAGCUCAGUAUUGAGGCUAUGACUGUCACGCGAGAGCUGACCAACCUACAGCUCCGAAAACCCUGCAGGUACCCGUCCCCACGAACUUGUGCGGCUGAACUGGCUGCCCUCUGGGGAAACAUAGAUGAAGACUCCAACAGAGGGGCACUGUCCCUGAGCUCUGUGAGAGGGAAACAGGGCUUUGAAGGUGCACUGUACCCCAGAGGCCUGAGGCCAGGCAGAGCCUGGGGGACCCCAAGAAGACGCACCAUAGGUGGGAUGGUGAGCAAUGAAGGUGUCCAAUAUCCCUCCGCAAACACUGUGUCUUCUGACGAAUUCAGUGACACUCACGUGAUGAAAGUAAACGUUGGCCUCAAAGAAGGAGACCAGGCCAGGUCCAGUGGCCUCACCGAGUUGGAUAACAUAGCCAGAUUCACAAAUGUCCGUGGCAGAGGAAAUUUUGUCCAUAUUCCCCCUUCUGUACUGUCAAGUGCUACCUGGGGAGUCAGCUCAGGCAUGGAAAGGCAGGCUUCAGGAGAACGGGAAAGCUCUUUGGCUAAGAAAAAGUCAAAUAUGGUCUGGGGCAAAGAAGGGAGCAGGCCCAGGCACCAAGAAGCGACUUCUGCUGCUGCUCCUGCCUCAGCUUUUACAGCUUCAGGUGCCCUGCCCAAGACCAGUCCCCCAAAAAAGCAAGCCCAAGAGAAGACCUCCUCGUCAGAUGUCUCAAGAGGACAUCAGGGGAGAAACUUGCCACCAUGGGGACAGAGACUCAAGUCAGCACCUGUGGGGCCAACGACCCUACCCCCAAUCUCAGGGGUUGCUCUGCUAGGGAAGGCAAGUAAAUGCUCACUGCCUUCAGGGCCCAAAGAGAGCAAGACCAUCUGCACUGGGAAGAAAUUCCCAGCAAAGAAGACAAGGGAACCACAGGCAGGUCCCAAAGAACACAAUAACUCCCCGAGAGAUCCUGGCCUGCAGGCUCAAGUUCCACCACAGAGGGCAGAGCAGCCUUCCGUGUGCAUGUAUCGUGGAGAAAUGAGCAGUGGAGACUCCAACACCAGAGCCCCGCAAGUUCCAGCAAGCCCGCAGUUCUUCUCCUUGAGCCAGAGAUGUGCCAGACCCAGAGCACCACCUGCACCUGCUGGUGAACUGGAUCAACUUAUGGGUCCCAUAUUCCCUAAUGAAGAAAAUCAGCAAGUAAUACAAGGAACACCAGGUUGUGCACAGAUAACUUAA